AGCUAGCUUCGGUGUCCUAGCCUAGCAUGCUAAUUUAGGGUUAGCACCUUCCCUCGCUGGGCAACCCCCCUGGUAUUUUUCCACCUUUCGGGGCAUAUGAGUCAAUGCUGAUUUUUUUAUUUUUAUUUUUUUACCGACUAUGUGACGUUACGUUGGGUUCAUAAGCCAGUGCGGCGCUGCGCUGUUUAUGUCACGCGGGGAAACGUGUGGAAAGUUACCUUGAGUCCUGAUGCCGGAGCUCCACAGACAGAAGACCAUGAAGAGAAGCAGACACCCCAGCAGUAGUGAUGACUCAGAUAAUGGAAGACGUAAGAAAAGAAAGAGAAAGAGGGGCAAUAAAUGGACACGGGUAAAAAGAAAGCGAAGGGACGACGUCCACGUGAGACGCAGGAGACAGACUAGGAACAGGAAACGUGUUUGGACCUUUAAAGACAUGCUGACAGGUAAUUCUACCUGCUGGUCUCAGCACUCAUCGCAGCACCGGAGGGGAACCGGGCAGAAACCCUCAGAGGUUUUUAGGACAGACUUCAUCACAGCCAUGAAAUUACACGACUCGUACCAGCUGAACCCAGAGGAUUACUAUGUCCUGGCUGAUCCGUGGAGGCAGGAGUGGGAGAAGGGUGUCCAGGUCCCUGUGAGCCCCCAGUCCAUCCCCCAGCCUGUCACCAGAGUUCUGGCGGAGAAGGGGAAGGAGGUGAUGUUCAUCAGACCUAAGAAGCUGAUCCGAACGUCGGGCACGGAGGCGCUGGGCUACGUGGACAUCCGGACGCUGGCGGAGGGGAUGUGCCGCUACGACCUGAACGAGGAAGACGUGGCCUGGCUGCAAAUCAUCAACGAGGAGUUUGCACAGAUGGCGAUGCCGCCGCUGGACGAGAACACCAUGGAGAGAGUCAUGGAGGAGUUUGAGCACUGCUGCCACGAAAACAUGACGCACGCCAUGGAGACGGAGGAAGGGCUGGGCAUCGAGUACGACGAGGACGUGGUGUGUGACGUUUGUCAGUCGCCGGACGGAGAGGACAACAACGAGAUGGUGUUCUGCGACAAGUGUAACAUCUGCGUUCACCAGGCAUGCUACGGCAUCCAGAAAGUCCCAAAAGGCAGCUGGCUGUGUCGGAUCUGUGCGCUCGGCAUCCUCCCAAAGUGCCAGGUCUGUCCUAAGAAGGGCGGAGCCAUGAAGCCGACCCGCAGCGGAACCAAGUGGGUUCAUGUCAGCUGUGCUUUAUGGAUCCCAGAGGUGAGUAUUGGGAAUCCAGAGAAGAUGGAGCCGAUCACCAAUGUGUCCCACAUUCCCAGCAACAGAUGGGCUCUGAUCUGCUGCCUGUGUAAGGAGAAGACCGGAGCCUGCAUCCAGUGCUCCGCGAAAAACUGCAGGACCGCCUUCCACGUGACCUGCGGCCUCCACGCCAACCUGGAAAUGAACACCAUCCUCACGGAGGACGACGAGGUGAAGUUCAAGUCGUACUGCCCCAAGCACUCCGGUUUCCAGGGCGACCCGGCGGAGGACGAGGGGAGGGAGGGCGCGCGAGACCGCAAGGGCCGGGCGAACAGCAACCAGGAGAAGAGGGUCAACCUCCGCAAGCUGAAGCUGCAGGAGAUGGAGGAGGAGUUCUACCAGUUCGUGGUCGUGGAGGAGGUGGCCAAGAGCCUGAAGCUGGCGCCGGAGGUGGUGGACUUUGUCUACCAGUACUGGAAGCUGAAACGCAAAGCCAACUUCAACCAGCAGCUGCUCACCCCCAAGAAGGACGAGGAGGAGAGCCUGGCCCGGCGGGAGCAGGAGGUGCUGCUGCGGCGCCUGCAGCUCUUCACACACCUCAGGCAGGACCUGGAGAGGGUGCGUAACCUGACCUACAUGGUGACCCGGAGGGAGAAGAUGAAGCGCUCGCUGUGUAAAGUCCAGGAGCAGAUAUUCCAGCAGCAGGUCCGCCUGCUGGACCACGAGCUGCUCAACGGUGACCCCUCUGCAAAGGACCUGGAGAGGCUCUUCUCUCUGGGUUCCUUCUCCUCUGACGGCAGCCAGUCCGGCUCUUCCUGGAGCAACUCUGGUCUGAAGAGCAAGCGAAGUUCACUAAAGCAGGAAAGGAGCAAAAGCCUGUCGGACUCGCCAAGCGGUCACAGGAAGGACGAUGCGUGCAGCCUGCUGGACAUUAAAGAUAGCAAAAGCUCCCAAAUCCAAGAGGCUGCGGCCUCAGAGUCCAAAAGCGAUGCCAAAGUCCACCAGCUUGAAAUGAGCAAGGAGAAGCCUUUCCUAAAGCUCCAGAAAGUAAAUCAGGAACACGCCUCAGUCAAGUUGCACAAGCCCGAGAGCAGGAAGGGCCCCAGAAGAGAAACCCCGGGACCAGAGUAUGAAGUACUGGGGAGCCACAAGCAAGAUCCAGAGCCAGAGGAACGAGGGAGGAGGAGGAGGAGCGACGUUUCCGAGAGCUUCCCCUGCCAGCUGAAGAACAAGUUCAGCUCCAAGCAUCUGGAUAAAACCGUCUCCAUCCGGCUGGUCGACAUCAGAAACUCUGACUCCGAGGAGUAUUUAUUUGACGACACCACGACCAGAAGGAGCGGCGCUUCGCCAGACGCGGCCCCCAACACUAAGUUUAAACCCAGCUCGCUUUCAGACGCCUCCAAAGCCAACAGCUGGCUCAGAAAACCCGCCAACGGCAGCUCCCACGCCCCUAACGGCUCCGCGUCCGGACACCUGAAAGGCUGGGGGAAGUUCCGGAUCCCGAAGCGGGCCGACAAGCCUCUGAGCGCCACGCUGAGGGAGCGGGAAGAGCUGGAGCCGAGCAACCCGCUGCUCAGACCGCUCACCAGCGCGCCGGAGUCGGCAUACCCCAGAACACGGCUCCGUUCGGGUCCGGAGGCCGACGGCUACAGCUCCGACUCCAAGGCGGCCGACGGCGAGCUGGAGCCCUGCCUCAAGCGGUGCCACUCCCACGAGCUGCGGGGCGACUCGUCGCUGGGGCGUCGCUACGGCUCUGACAUUAUCCGCCGCGGCGUGCUAGCAUCCUGAUGGAGCGCAUGAGCUACACUGCGCUAAUCAGAAACGAAUGACAGUCACUCUUUGUACCUUUAUUUUGUCUAGAAAUCAUAAAAUGGCUAGAUGGAGGAAGAAAAAGAAAAAAAUAAAAAUGAACAGAGCUGA